AUGAAGCGCCUCCCCACCAAGGCCCUCACCGUCGCCCUGUUCGAGCUCGCGUCGCAGGCUCUCGCGCGCAGCGGCGCCGGCCUGACGCCGGCGCGACACGUCGCCGUGGCUGCGUCGUCCGGCGCCGCGGCCCUGGUCGCUACCUACCCCGCCCACUUCGCGUACUACGCCCUGCGUAAGGACGUCGCUGCCGUGAAGGUCCUCCAGUUCGCAAGGGCCCGCCCCGACCUCCUGUACUCCGGCGCCGUGCCCGCGCUGGUCGCUACUGCACCCGCUGUUCUCGUCGAUUACUUCUUGUACAGGCGGUGGAGAGGCCAGAUCGACGAGAGCGCCGCGGAGGGACGCAUGUCGCGCGCUCGCACCGCCGCUGCUAUCGUGGUCGCUGCCGCCGCCGCAAACUUGACCGGCGGCUUCUGUUCGGAACCUUUCAAGGCGCUCAGCCGGAAGAUGGCCGUGGAGUCGGUCAAGAACGCCCCCGGGCGGAGUCUGACGCAUACUGCGCGCUCCAUGAUGCAGACGGGCGUCGGCGAGUUUUGGCGCGGCUUUCCCAGCCGCAGUAUGCGCUAUGUUGUCUCGGCUAUUGUUUCCAAGGCCACCGUGCAGCAGUUGCGCAGACUUCAGAGGCCUGGGAACGAGGAGAAUGCGUAUCUUCAAGGCCCGCACGUCAGCUUGAUUCCGGCCGGACGCCCUAUUGGCCCGGGCUUCUAUCAGGGGCGCUCACGACAGUACAAUGCCUCGACAAUUGUCGACCCGAGGUACCAUCACUGUUAA